AUGGCCGAAGCGUUUGGCAUCGCAACUGCAGCUGUCGGUUUGCUUCCGCUUUGCAGGGAUGGAUUCCGGUUGGUGCAAGACGUCGUAGGAGCCUCAGACGCAUUUAAAGAAGUCUCUUGGAGGGUGCAGUCUCAAAUCAACGUUUUUGAAGCAUGGCGACGACCAUGGGAUCUCGACGGAUAUGAGUGGGGAAAAUUCAAAGAGUAUUCGAAAGAAAAUCAUUCCGAAGCACUGGCCAUUGGCCAUGAGCUUGCGUUGCUAUCGUUUACUUUAUGCAACGCCAGUAAGCUACUGAGCAAAUACGGAUUGAAGCUAAAAGAUCGUCAUCGUCAUGAACAAAUAAAACCUGCUGAGAUACCGAGUCCUGAUAUGAAGAAGCUAUUAACUUCCGAAGCGUCCUUCAAGAAGUGGGUAAACGGGUGUAAAAAGAAUUUGCCAUUCAUCCAGAAAUGCAGAUUUGUCCUCACAUCCGACAACAGCAACGCGGAUACUCUGGUCGAUCGCCUGAGGGAAUGCAAUGAGGCUCUGCAUCGAUUUAGCCCUCCUGCUAUACAAGUAAUACAAACACAGAACAUAUACUUCGUCUUCGGCAAGAGCGCUUCGGAAGAACAGGUAAAGGCGUUGUUUGUGGAAGUAAACAGGGCGAAGAAAUCAAAUCAACAAUCGUUGCCAUACCAGGAGUUCGCACGCAUUGCCGAAUUCUCCAACGCAGUAAAGGACCAAAAACUGGUGGCAAAGGGGCAAAAACGGUCCCGAGAAGUACGACGAUUUGAACUAUCAGACUUCCAGACUGAUCCAGAUUACAAGGUCUCGGGGUCGCAGGACGCGGAAAUGGGGCUUUUGAAAAAGUUCCCCUUUCCAAAGGAAAUGCGGGUCGUAUACAUCGAGUGGAUGUCUGGCGGCAGGGAGGUCGAGAGGGAAGCGAAGGCGAAGGCGAAGGCACGCAUGCUCUCAGUCAAGAUGUCGGAACAAGUGCUACUCCCGACCUGCUAUGGUAUCCUUGAGGAUAAUUCAGGAUACAGCAAGCGGUUCGGACUGGUCAUGGCGCCACCAGAUCACAUUAGACUCAAUCUCAAGUUCAUGAUGCCAGGAAAUAUUAGGCCCGGGUCUAUCAUGUUUUUCCCUACUUCAUCGGAAGUUCGGUCUAGCAGAAUCUCCUCGACACCGCGACUCGACUACUCCAAGCCCUUUUUGGUGGGUUUCGGCCAUGCGCGUAUCGACGACCGGAGACUGGGGAGAGAGGACCCGACUCGCACCCAGGCGCCAGGAGAAAUAACUCUUGACGAGUAUCAGCACCCGAAGAAGAUCGAAGCGCCGCUGACUAAGUAUUCACGCUUCUUCGAUGUUUAUAGUGUAGGCUGCGUGUUACUUGAAAUUGGAAUGUGGCAGCCCUUGUCUGAGCUCGUGGUGAUACCAAGGCGUGGAAGACCGGCAGAAGCCAACAGGGCGAGGGAAGACAUGAAAGCAAAAGCGGAGUCCCUGAUUGGUGUCACGGGCUCAGUAUACGCAGCAGUUAUCAAGAAAUGUCUUGAUGUUGAUCCUCAUAGUGACCUGAGCGAGGAGAAAAACAACGAUGUUUGUGCGGCUUUGCUCUCGGAGCUCAUUGGCGAGUUGGGUAAAUGUUCAGCAUAG